AUGGCGGACCCACCUCAAAGAAUCACCUUGAAGGAGGCCGGAGCUCCUGAUCUUGACUUACAUGGGGCAGAUGAAGCCGCAGUGUUGGUCUUCGCUUUCCCUUUCUCUUUGGAGGGAAAAGCGAAGGAGUGGUUUUAUACUCAACCAGGGCAACAAAUUCCUCAAGCUUUGAUAAAUGCUCCAUCUCAAGCUCUAAGGAUCGAAGGACCAUCAAGGAUAUAUGAUGUUUGUGCUUGUAACACUCAUUACACCGAUGAAUGCCCUCAACUCCAAGAGGACACUACAUUGGCGGUAGCCAACCCUUAUACACAAAGACCAAAUUACAACCAAAGAUCCUACCAACACGGAGGCAAUCAAAACAAAGGGUGGAGGGAUAAUUCAACUCAAAGGUGGAACCAAGCUUUUCAAGCUCAUCUCAAUCAAAACGCUCAAGUCUACUACCAUCAAUAUCCCCAAGGUCAACCACAAUACCAACAACCCCCACAAUCUCAACCUCAAGGGAAGUACCAACACCCACAUAGUAGGCCUAGCCCUCUUCAAGUUAACCAAGCCCUUCCCUCCAAUCAACCUCACAUGAAUGACACAAUUCAUACCUUCAUGAAAGAACAGCAAGAGUUCCAUAAGAAACAAGAGGCAUAUAUGGCUACAAUAGCCGAAGCCCUUUCCCGCUUAACUCUCCCUCCUCAAACCACACAAAACACCCAACAAGCUUCAACCUCGAGUAGUUUACCCUCUCAACAUCAACCCAAACCUAAGGGUAGCAUUAAUGCCAUUACCCUUAGGAGCGGCACUAAACUGGAUAAGAAUGUUGCUAUGCCUACAAAGUUGAGCGAAGAAACAAACAAUGAAGAGGUAGGAGAUGAAGUGGAGGGGAUGAGGUAUGAAGAUGAAAGUGUUGACAAAAGCGAGAAAGAACCACCCAAGGUUAAGGAGCCAAAGAGAAAGACCUUGCUUGAAGAGCCUUUGCCCAUUCCAUUCCCAACUUUAGCCAAGAAGGCCAAGAAACAAGAAGAACUUGUCCCCAAUAUGGUGAAAGUUUUUAAGAAGGUUGAAGUCACUGUCCCCCUCUUCCAAGCCAUUCAACAAGUGCCUAAAUAUGCCAAGUUCCUUAAAGAUGUUUGCACUCACAAAGACAAACUUGGCAACCUCAACACAAAGCCGGUAGAUGAUUCUAUCUCUUCUUUACUUCCUGAAAAAUGCAAUGAUCCCGACCCAUGUUUGGUCACUUACUUGAUUGGUGGGAUAAAAUUCAUGGACUGUAUGUGUGAUCUGGGGGCGUGCGUAAGCAUUAUGCCACUCUCUAUUUAUGAAAGAUUGAAUUUGUCACCCCUAAAGAGGUCCGGGGCGAGGUUUGUGCUAGCCGAUAAAAGUAUUGUGUUAGUUGUGGGGAUUGCAGAGAAUGUGUUAGUUGAUAUUCAAGGAUUGCUCUUUCCAGUUGAUUUUCACAUUUUGGAGACCCCUCCCAUUGAUUCCAACAAGCCAUCGUCCAUACUCCUUGGAAGACCAUUCCUAAAAAUAGCCCGUUUCAAGCUAGAUGCACAUUCGGGAGUCUAUUCUUUCGAGUUGGAUGGCAAGUUAGUCAAGUUCACUUUGGAGGAGUCCCACAAGCCCGUUCUUGAAGCUUAUUCUAUUUUUGGGUGCGACAUCAUUGAAGAUCAAGUGAUUGAGGAUGGCAAAGAGUAA